AUGGAGCCGCGCUACUCGGGCUACCACAGGUCCUCCUCGCCUGGAAGCCGCCGCAUACACAACCCAGGUCGCGCGACUACCGGAUCCUUCAGCUCUUACGACACCUACUACGACCCCUACAGCAGGUCGCCACGGUCCAGCGGCGACCGCCUUGUGUCCUCGUCCAGCACCUCCAACUACUCGACCGCCCCGAGCGCCGCCACUCGAGCCAGUGCGGGGUAUGAUGCAUACACGGGCAGGCCGCGCAGUUCCACGCUCGAAGGCUCACGCCGCCCGGCAAGCACGCUGACCUCCGGCGUGCCCAUCCGCACCACCACCCACAGCACCGUCGUGCACUCUCACGACCGACCGUCGAGCCCGCUGGCUCGAAGCUACGACGGCCGCGGCAGCGCGUAUACCGUUGCCACUGCUGCCGCCCCCGUUGCCACACCAUCCUCCAGACAAGGUCACAGCCACGGGCACAAAAAGUUCUACAGCAUCGACGACGGCAAGGCUGUCAGGGUGGAUCCGCGUGAAGCAGAGCUCCGUCGCCACAACGGCCACAGCCGGUCAAACUCCAAAACUUACCACACCACCACCCAGCGUUAUCCAGUGCAGGACACGGUUGACGAGGGCUACUCGUACACGGAUGCCGCCGGUAUGUACCGAGACACGGAGCCCAGCUGGCGCGCUCGCUCAGGGAGCGUCGAAAGCCGCACGAGGCGACCGGUGAGCAUGGUCGAGAGCUACGGCCCUCGUUCAUCGGCUCGCGAUCUUUCUGGGCCUCCUGUGACAACACGAGGCUUUGAUAAGAUCAAUGGAGGUGUUGCAGCUGCUUCUGCUGUUGCCCGCAGCGGGAGUCUGAGAGACUAUGGCCAUGCGCGAGCCUCGUCACGCGAGCGAUCACACGAGAGAAGCAGCACCGCAGAUUCGUACUAUCGUGACGAGGCCAUGUAUGCGCCGCCUCCGCGCUCUUCAUCUGUGCGUGCCGCCCCGGCCCUUCACCAAGACUUCAACGAUAGGCGAGAGGAUCGACGCGACGAUCGCCGAGAUGACCGGCGCGAUGACCGCUAUGGCUACCGAGAUGAGGUCGAAGACCGUGACCGCCUUCGCACGUCCAAACGCUAUGAGGAUCCCGAUGUUGAAGCGAGGGGAUUCGGCAUCAGAGCCCCCAGUGUUGGUCGGCCAAGCAGUGUCGGUCCUGGUAACGAUCCUUACCACUCAACUCGGGAUGAGAUUCUCGACCGGCGGUAUGCCCCUCCUCCUCUCCCCCCUGCAUCAGUUCCGGCCUAUCCUCCUCCCGAUGCCGGAAUUCCUGUACCAAAUGCUCGUGAUUAUAUCCCGGACCCUCCGCGCUCAGCGCGUGGGGAGCCCGAACGCCACGCCAGGGACUACAGGGACUAUGAGCGGGAUCGCACCAACGACCGGAACGGCGAUCGCGAUUGGGAUCGAUCCAAAGGCUAUGACCGAGAGCGCGACCGCGAAAGAGACCGCGAAGACCGCCGUGAUGAUCGUCGUGAGGACCGUCGCGACAGAGACAGCCAUAUUCCGAGUGUUGUACCAGCUGCUGCUGCGGCUGUUGGAGCCGCGUAUGGUGCUCAACAUAUGGCUGAAAGUGCUGCGGUACGCCACCAGCGAGAACGCGAGCGAGAACACCGAAGCGAUUCCGAUGAAGAAAAGAAGCGACGCGCUCGUAAGGCUUCGUCAUCUGACGACGGCGAGACGCCUCGUGAGCGACACUACGUUGACAAGGAUGACGUGAGAGACCGAGAGGAUCGCAGACAAGCUUCUUCGAAUAUUGAUCCGGACGAGGAGUACCGACGCCGUCUCCAGCAGGAGAUGGAGCGCUCCACUGGCUCGAUUCGCGACAGGGAUAGCGAGUCCGAUCGUGAAAAAGAGCGCCGUAGACGCGAUCGAGACAGAGGCGAAGCUCCCAAGGACCGCGUACCGGAGGCUGCUACUCGUGAUGCCCCUCGACCGGAACGUAACGGAGACCUUGGACCGGACCAGAAGCCAGAUCGGAACAGCGAACGGAGCAACAGCGUCUUCGGUGAAUCUAUAGUGGAUGAGCCUGCUCCACUGUCCGCAGCAGAGGAAAAAGACCGCGACAACCGAGUCCGCAUUGUGUCACCCCCGAAGUCUGAUAAAGAAUCCCCACCCCCUCCAAAAGGUAUCUUGCGCAAACCCACCGAGAAGUUUCCUGAGGACCCGAAUCCUAUUAGGGAGGGAGUUGCGCCAAUGAAGGACGCAAAGAAGGGCAAAGACAUCCCUCCUGACGCUCGCUGGACCAAGAUCGACCGUCGGCUCGUCAAUCCCGAAGCAUUGGAGGAAGCCAAGGAAAGGUUCGAAGAGAGAAAGGACUGCGUGAUUGUGCUCCGGGUCCUCACGCGCGAGGAUAUUCAGAAGCUUGCGGAUCGCACAAGAGAGAUCCGUGAAGCCAGAGGUAAUUACCCACCUGAUUCUGCUGCGCUUUAUUCGUCUUUUCUUGCGGAUUCGAAGAAAUCUCUCGCACAUUCCUCGUCUGGGUCAUCAUCGGAUAGCAAUGCCCGAGACCAGGACCGAGAUGACCCAUCUUCCUCUGAGCACAAGCAUCAUCGCAAACGUCGCUCUCGAAGUCAUCACCGGCAUGACGAUGAGGACGAAGACAAACAUCACCAUCACCACCAUCAAGAUGUGGACCCCAUUUCUUCUGUUUUGUCCGAGAGUUCAGAGAAGCUUUCAAAGUCGAAGACUUUGACCGGCAUUCUUGACACUGUUAUCGAUGUGCUAACGCGCCCCAAAGAAGAAGAGUACCACCGCGGCGGCGGUGAAGAUCGCAGCCGUGAUCGCGACCGUGGCGAGCACCGCAGCAGCCACCGCUCGUCCCGCCGCAAGCACAGAGACAGGGACGACGACUCCUCGUAUGAGAGCGACGAGGAUGAGGAGGAUGCCAGGGAAAGACACCGGGCGCCUCGCAUGAUCGAACCGUCGAAAGAGCCGCAUGAGGAUUUCCGCGAGAGGGAACGGGAUCGUCAGCGCGAAAAGGAAAGAGAGAGGGAAUUCUGGGUCGAUCCGUCAAGGCAGUGA